AUGGCUCUUCAUCAGAGGUUCACGAGAAGGAAACGUGUCGUAACCAGCCAAAAUCCUGCCACUAAUAAUCAACAUGUUGUGGUUCAAUCCAGGCCAGAAGGAACACACGCGUUUUAUUCAAACUUUGAACAUUAUUUUGACGCAAACAAACGUUUUGUUGCCAGUGAAAACAAUUUGAAUAAUAUCAACAACGAUAAAUAUAUGUUAGAGCCUUACCGAACGAAUGGGGACUACUUAGAAGACCCGAUAAAUGGGGGUCCAUCGCCACGUCCCCCACCUCAAUAUUCACACAUCGAAUUCUUUUCAAAUCCUGAUGAAGGCAACAAAACCGUGAAAAGCAGUCUUGUGCAACCUUGUACUAAUCUUUCCAUAGUUUCCAAUAUAAAACAAUACCAAGACGAUGAUUUUAAUGAAGCCAUGAAUAUGAUCCGUCCAAUGCAACCUGCAUAUUUGGCUCCAGGUACUCCAAUAAAAUUUCAUCCACAGGGUGUUCAUCAAUCUUCUUCAACAACUUUCAUGCCGGAUCCUUAUCAAAAUUCUUAUUCAAGACUCAAUAGAGAAUUAAGUGUGGGCCACAUGUAG